AACACAGAGAAGAAAAUGUUAAGAUUGAUAAGAAAAUGCUAUGUUAUUAUGAUUCAUGUGCCGUAAGUCAUAACCGUUGAAUAUAUCAAGUAUCAUGCUCGAAUGAUUCAAAUGUUACAGAUGACUAAUAAGAGAUAUCGCUAGAUACGCCUAAGAGAUAAGACGUUUAUCUGACGAAGGCGUAUGUCGUAGCGCGAAAUGUGCCAUGAUGUUCCCUAUCUCGCGCAGUCACCUGGAUAUGCUUUCACGUUCGCAUCUGAUUUUGGAUCUCCAAUGACGACUCUUGUCCGCGUCUCACUCAUCCUGUGCGCGCUCGCCGAUUAUUCUCGCUGUCAGCAGAGUCUGGAGCACGCUAUCAACGUACAGAUUGGUGGCAGUUGCGGGAGGGACAUCGAAUGUAUCGAGAAUGCGUUCUGCCGAGGACAGCAAAACUGUUUGUGCGAUCCGUAUUACUCGCCAAGUCCCGAUAAAUCGCUGUGCAUUGCCACCGUCGGGCUGAGCUGCGAGGACCAUAUGACAUGUCAAACUAUGGCGAAUGGCGAAUGCAGGCAAGGCAGGUGCGCUUGCAAGGACGAUUUUUUCUUAGACAGCAGCAAUUCGUCAAAUUGUAUUCCCAGACCCGCCAAGAUCGGUGAUCGCUGUCAAAUAACGACGAUAUGCCAGGAGAGUUUCGAUUAUGCAUUAUGUAUCAACGAACAAUGCCAGUGUUACUCGGGAUAUCAUUUUGUAAAUGAGACGCAAAAUUGCGUUCCGAAUCGAGACUUAUAUACUUCUUGUGCAAAAGACUACGAAUGUUACGUGGACAACAAGUCCCUGGACAUCUUAGAGUGUAAGAAUGGUCAAUGCGUGUGCAAGGAAGGGGAGCCGCAAUGUGCCAAAGGUUCUCUUGUCACGGCCGCCGGAAUAAUCGUGACAAUCUCGUUGUUGCUACAACGAAUCGCUCAAUAGUGACUAACAAUAAAUGUAUAUAUAUAUAUAUAUAUAUAUAUAUAUACAUAAUUUAUUCUAUUUUACAAUGUCAUUAUUUAACCCGCAAAAUUAACAAAUCCGCGUAAAUCAUUAAACUACACAUAUAUAAUUUGAUUUUAUUAUAUUCCAU